GGAACACCCCACGCCCCCUUUCUCUCUCUCAUCAUUUAACUCCCUACCACGAACUUUCUAGAAACCCAACAAAUAACCUACCCCCCUCUUCCUCCUCUCUUUUCCCCCCUUCCUUUCAACUUGCAUCCACCUUCCUCUCUCCCUCAUUCCUUACCCCCUUUCCCUAUCCAAUCAUCUCCAUUUGACCGUAUCUCAAUUUGGAUCUGAGUCAUAAUCAAUCAUUUAUCAUGAUUCCAGUGCCGCUGGACCAAAACGGCGACUCCACCGGUUGCGGUGGCACAGGUAGUGGUAACGCUAGCGACCUGCAGCAGCGAACUCUUCCUACGCCGUUUCUCACCAAAACUUAUCAGCUUGUUGAUGAUCCUGUUGUCGAUGAUUUGAUCUCGUGGAACGAUGACGGAACUAGCUUCAUUGUUUGGCGACCUGCGGAGUUUGCUCGUGAUUUGCUUCCUAAAUAUUUCAAGCAUAAUAAUUUCUCUAGCUUUGUCCGCCAACUCAACACAUAUGGUUUCCGGAAGGUUAUACCGGACCGGUGGGAGUUUGCGAACGAUUGUUUCAAACGAGGAGAGAAAGCGCUCCUUCGUGAUAUUCAACGCCGGAAAAUAUCUCCGGCCCCGGCGAUUAAUUCCCCGACAGCUGUAGCUGCAUGUCCGACGGCUAUUCCGGCUGUGGUAACGGUAGCAGCACCACCUCCUGUCACGGUAAGGGCGGUAUCACCAGCAAACUCCGGUGACGAGCAAGUGCACUCGUCAAAUUCCUCCCCUGCUCCCGGUGUUGUGACGGUACAGCGAGUAGCGAGCUGCGCGUCGACGACGGAGAUAUUGGAAGAGAAUGAGAGGCUGAGGAGUGAGAAUUUCACGUUAUCGCAGGAAUUGAAUCAUUUGAGAGGAUUAUGUAAUAAUAUAUUGGCGAUGAUGAGUAACUACGCGACGGGGCAGCCCGAGACAAGCGGAUUACAAGAAGGCAGGCCAUUAGAUUUGCUACCGACGAAACCGGUUACAGUGGCAGAAGCUGAUCCUUGUGGUGCUUCUAGUGGCGGAGCCACCGCGAGUGGCGGCAGUAAGGGAGAAGAGAAGAUGGAGGAAGAGGAGAUGGAGGGGUGUCCCUGUCCGAGAUUGUUUGGCGUUUCAAUCGGAGCGAAGCGCGUGAGAAGAGAGGACGAUGAGGAAAACAGAGCGAGUGUGGAAAGAUCAAGAUCGAGAGAGGGAUCUGAUCCAAUACAAACGCAGCAAGAGCAACAAUGUUCUGGGGAAUGAAAUUUCAGCCGUUGAUUGAUGAUAAUCAUGAAUUGUUCUGUGUAAUAAACGGUCGUGAUCGGGCUGUGUGAUGAAAGCGACAUGAGUGGGAAAGUGGACGCGUGUGGAAAGAUUGUGAUAGGGGAACCCACGUUUCUGGAUAAGGAAAUGGUUUAGAAAACAAUCAUCAUAGAAUUUGUGGGAUUCGUCUAGUUGGUUCUUUAGGUGGGUUUCUAGAAAGUCAAUGUGAUUAAAAGGAGAGAGAGACUGCAUUUCACAGGUGGCAGGGAGAAGCCAUUGAUGGUUUUAUGCAUACUCCUCCGUAAGAAGUUGUGACUUGUGACCCACACGUGUUAAACGUCAAAAGCUUUACUAAAUUCUCCGUGAGGGACAACGCCUAAAACAUCGGAAACGGCCAAAUCGGAUUAUCGGAAAAAUGGUGCAAACUCGGAAUUAAGAGUAGUUUAACAUGAGUAUAGUAGAGGUAGAUAGACUCUUGAGCGUGUGCAAGUAGUGUUUAGAACUUAAUUACAUAAAUGUGUUAAUUUGUAGCACAUUAUUUGCUAUUGUAAGAUGUAAAUAUACAUUUAUACGGAGUAGUCAGACUUGUUGUAUUGUA